AUGAUAUUUCAUCUGGCUCGUUUAUUGACUCACAAUUUAUGACGGAAGAAAAUUUGGUUCCAGACCAACUUCUUUUUAUUCCGGAAUCAAAGUUGAUGUCGGUCAUAUUUCACGUUAUUGCAGUUGUUUCUAUGUUUACGAUCAGUGCAAUGGGUCUCGCAGUGAACACAUAUCUUUUUCAAAAAUUUUCCAACAAAGCAGGUAGAGCAAGUGCUUUUCAUAAGCUGUGCCUUGUCAAAACGAUUCCAAAUGCAAUUGUGUGUGCAUCAUUUCUCAUAUGGGUUGUACCUUUGUCAAUAUUUCAGCCAGAUUACGAAAAUAUUCCAAGAAUACUGAAUGUAUUUGUUGGUCAAACUGCCGGGUUUGGCGCAUAUGUCACAGGACCAAUACUGGAGCUAUUCAUGUCUUUGAAUAGAUUUGCAGCAUUGUACUUUGCAACUAGACACCUACGUAUAAGCGACUUUCCAAUAACAGGAAUUGCUAUAAUUGGAGCCUUUGCAGUAGCUAUUCUGUACACAUGCCUAGGCUUUAGACCAAAUUGCGGAUUUGUGUUCUAUCCGGCUACAUUUACUUGGGAUAAAGAGUACACACCCUGUGCAACUGGGAUGUCUUCAUUAAUAUUUUAUUCAGUGGUUGCUAUUGCCACGUGGACCAAUUGUUUGAAUGUAGCCACAGCAUUCAAGUUGUCCAUUGGAAAAGUUGCUGGAAUGAAUCAAGCCGAUGCACAUCGACGGAAAAAGAAGUUGAUUUUGAUGUUCACACAAAGUGUCAUUCAAGACUGUCUUCACGUGAUAGAUCUCAUCAACAGCAUCUUCAUAUUCAAACUAAGCGAUGCUCUUUGGUUUCAGUUCAUUUUUCUUUCAAUAUCGUUUCUUCUUAUUCAUGCACUCGACGGUUUUGUGAUGCUCUAUUUUCACCCUGAAGUUCAUCCCAACUUUCUGAGAGGAAAGACGUCAUCAAAGAUAGCUACAAUUGCAACGCCUACUUUUUUGGGAGAUAGGAAAAUUACAACUGUUGAAUAAUUAUUCUCAUUUUCAAAUUUUUUUCGCUAGAACUUAAUAAUUUUAUGUGAUUGUUAUUUGCGUGAAUCCGGGUGAAAUACA